AUGUACAGUCCUACUUCGAGCUCGGAGUCUGAAGAGGACUUGCGCAAGAUGGAGCUUGUCUACUUCAGCAACGAGUUCCCCAAGGAGGACUUGGUGGACAUUUUUCGUCGCCUGCACAACCACAGCAAGGACAGAAACCAUUCGCUGUUGGCACAGUUCCUGGACGAAGCUACGUUAGCAGUCAAAGAUGAAGUGAAGCGGUUACCGAUGGAAACGAAGAGACAAUUUCCCCCCUUCUCAACCAUCUUUAGCUGGGCCGAGAAUGUCGAGCUUCGCCAAGGAUUGAUGUGUGGGGCAGUAGAUGGAGUUCUCCUCGUUGUUAGUCAACUAGCAGCUUAUAUUGGGUACCAUGAAGGAUACCUCGAGCAGAACAGCAGUUAUGCCAAAAAGUCUCUGGCUGCCCUGGGCGUUGGCCUACUGUCAGCAGCGGCUGUUGCGCAAUCAUCCACCUUGAGUGAGCUGCCGCAGGCAGGCGCAGAUGCUGCUCGUCUCGCCUUUCGCAUGGGCGUUCACGUCCAGAGCGUCUCCGAGAAUCUCGAAGCCCGCGAUCUAUCAGAACCUGCAGACACAUGGGCAUAUGUUGUUCCCAAUAUUGACCCAGCCGCUGCCCAAGAAGAACUCGAUGUCGUACACUCCAGUGAAGACAUGCCCGAAUCCGGCAAGGUAUUCGUGAGCGCUGUCAGCCGGACUUCAGUGACUAUCAGUGGUCCACCAUCGAAGCUAAAGUCUCUUUUCAACAAAUCUGAGUUCUUCCGCGACACGCGAUCGAUUGCCCUGCCAGUUUACGGCGGCUUGUGCCACGCACCGCAUAUCUACAGUCAGGAGGAUGUGCAGAGUAUCAUCAACGUCUCCGCCUUGACCAAUGCCAGCAGUAGACCAGCAAUGCCAGUGUACUCAACCAGUACAGGUCUUCCGUACCAAGUCAAGACUGCAGGAGGGCUCCUCGAAUGCGUUGUGUCUGAACUCCUGACGAAGGCAAUCUACUGGGACAACGCCAUUCAAGGAAUCGUGGAUCAGGCAAGCUGCGGUCUUGCUACGGAGGCGGUGCUGCACUGCUUCGGUAACUCUAUUCCACUCAACGAUCUUAAUAUCGCGUUGAAGGCGAGUAUACCGCAGCUUCACACUUCUGUCAACAAUCUCAUGCAGUGGCCAUUUGAAGCUGCGCCGAAGGAUAAUACUCCUCGCAGCACAGCACAAGCCAAGCUAGCCAUCGUUGGUAUGUCUUGCAGGCUUCCAGGUGGUGCGACGAGCACUGAAGCAUUUUGGAAUAUCCUGGAACAAGGUUUGGAUGUCUCGCGGAGAAUCCCAUCUGACCGAUUCGAUGUUGAAACCCAUUUCGACCCUACUGGCAAACAGCUGAACAAGACCAUGACCCAGUAUGGCUGUUUUAUUGAUGAGCCAGGCCUGUUUGAUGCGCCGUUCUUCAAUAUGUCUCCACGCGAGGCACAGGUCGUCGACCCGCAGAUGCGUCUGGCGCUUGUUACUGCAUACGAGGCCUUGGAGCGUUCAGGUUAUGUAUCUAACCGAACCGCUGCCACCAUGCUUCAACGCAUUGGUACUUGGUAUGGCCAAGCUGCUGAUGAUUACCGUGAGGUCAAUCAAGGCCAGGAAGUCAGCACUUACUACAUCCCAGGAGGUUGUAGGGCAUUCGGCCCUGGCCGCAUCAAUUACUUCUUCAAGUUUGCAGGUCCUAGCUAUUCAAUUGAUACUGCUUGCUCCUCUGGGCUUGCAGCAAUCGAGGUUGCCUGCCAGGCACUCUGGAACGGAGAAGUGGACACCGCGGUCACAGGUGGUAUGAAUAUUCUGACCAACCCGGAUGGUUUCGCGGGUUUGUGCAACGGACAUUUCCUCACCAAAGGCCAUAAUGCUUGCAAGACGUGGGAUGCUACUGCUGAUGGAUACUGCCGUGCCGACGGUAUUGGAUCUCUCGUGAUCAAGAGGCUGGAGGACGCAGAAGCAGACAACGACAACAUCCUCGGCGUAAUCCUUGGUACCUCAACUAAUCAUUCCGCCGAAGCUGUUUCUAUUACUCAUCCACAUGCUGGUCACCAAGCCUAUCUUUCUCGCCAGGUCCUUCGUCACGCUGGCGUUGAUCCACUGGACGUCUCAUACGUCGAGCUUCAUGGAACCGGCACCCAGGCUGGCGACCACGAAGAAAUGCAGGGCAUUAUGGACGUAUAUGCGCCACUUACCAAGCGUCGCAACAAGAACCAGCCACUACACAUUGGAGCUGUCAAGGCCAAUGUCGGGCAUGGUGAGUCUGUGGCCGGCACAACCGCACUGAUCAAGGUACUUCUCAUGCUUCAACAUAAUGCCAUUCCACCUCAUAUCGGCAUCAAAACUGAGAUUAAUCCGAAAUUCCCUAAGGACUUUGAUAAGCGCAACCUCCACAUUGCCUUCGAGCAGACGGAUUGGCCUCAAUUACCGGGAAAGAAGCGACUUGCAGCCGUUAACAAUUUUGGUGCUGCUGGUGGAAACACGACUAUGCUUCUAGAAGAAGCGCCGUUCCGUGUCAUCACAGAAGCUGAUCCUCGUCAGACCCAUAUCAUCGCUGUCUCUGCCAAGACCAAAUCGUCACUGGCCGGAAAUAUUGAGCGCCUGAUCGCAUACUUGGACAGUAAUUCGAACGUCAACCUUGCAGACCUUGCAUACACAACUACUGCACGCCGCUACCAACACACACAUCGUGUAACAGUUGCUGCCAAUGAUAUGGCUCAGCUAAAGAAGCAGUUGGCUUCACGCUUGGAAAAGAUCGACUCGGUUCAGCCUGUUGCAAAGUCUGGUCCUCCGCCCGUCUGCUUCGCCUUUACUGGCCAAGGCGCUUCUCACAAGUCGAUGAAUCUGGAGCUAUACCGAGAUGUCCCUACUUUUCGUCAGCAGAUUCAGCACCUCAAUGCCCUGGCUAUGCGUCAAGGCUUCCCUUCUUUCAUCCAUGCCCUUGAUGGAUCUCACCACAAGGAUCAUGCACACCCGCCUGUCGUGACUCAACUUGCUCUGGUCUGCACUGAGAUUGCUCUGGCCAAGUAUUGGGCGUCUAUGGGAGUCAAGCCGGACGUCAUCAUAGGCCACAGCCUAGGCGAGUACGCUGCCAUGCACAUUGCUGGUGUGACUACUGCUAGUGACACGAUAUUCAUGGUUGGACGUCGAGCGCAGAUGCUGCAGGACAAGUGCCAGAUUGGUAGCCACACCAUGAUGGCAGUAAGGGCCUCUCUUUCGCAAAUUGCAGAGAGCUCAGGUGGCAGACCUUACACGAUCGCCUGUUCUAAUGGGCCGUCAGAUACCGUCCUCAGCGGUACCAAAGCGCAGAUGGAGGAGGUUGCCAAGCCAUUGCAGUCUGCGGGCUAUCGAUGCAUCAACUUGGACGUUGCUUUCGCCUUCCACUCGGAGCAGACUGAUCCAAUUUUGAGUGACUUCAGAGCUGUUGCAAAGACUGGUGUUGUGUUCAAGGAGCCCAAGCUGCCAGUCAUUUCGCCACUGCUUGGCAAGGUUGUGUUCGACGGCAAAACACUGAAUGCCAACUAUGUUGCUCGAGCCACGAGAGAGUCUGUGGACUUCCUAUCUGCUUUGCAAAACGCUCAGAAGAUAUCUACAAUCAGCGAUGAGACUAUCUGGGUGGAGAUCGGACCGCAUCCUGUAUGCACUGGCUUCGUGAAAUCCACCAUUUCGUCCACUAAAAUCGCCGUGCCAUCUAUACGCCGUGACGACGACAACUGGAAGACCAUGGCUGAGAGUAUGGCCACUCUGCACCUUGCUGGUGUUGCUGUUGACUGGAAUGAGUUUCAUCGUCCGUUUGAGAGCAGACUUCGUCUUCUUGAUCUGCCGACGUAUGCUUGGAACGAGAAAAACUACUGGCUGCAAUACGAGGGCGAUUGGGCACUCACUAAGGGCAAUAAGUUCUAUACUGCUGAGAAAGAUGCUUCGAGUGCGAAAGUUGCUGCACCAAGAGCCAUUCACAGCAGCAUCAAGACUUCUACUGUGCAGCACAUUGUCGAAGAGAGCUUCCAGGAUGGAGCUGGUCUAGUGGCUAUGGAAUCCGACUUGAUGGAGCCAGACUUUCUUGCUGCAGCGCAUGGUCACCGAAUGAAUGGUUGUGGUGUUGUAACAUCAUCUAUCCAUGCAGACAUCGCAUACACCCUUGGCGAAUACCUCUUCAAGAAGCUAAACCCAAGUGCCAAGUCUGUGCACAUGAACGUAGCAGAUCUUGUGGUUACUAAGGGUUUGGUCGCCAAUCAAGACACGUCUCAGUCACAAUGCAUUCGUGUUACUGCCAAGAUCGAAGAUAUUGCCUAUCGAAGUGCCUCCUUGUGCUGGCAAAAUGCGGAAGCCAGUGGUGAAGCUGGCGAAGCAUUCGCGACAGCAACGCUUUACUUCGGCGACUCCACGGAAUGGAUCCGGUCCUGGAUUCCAAUGACACACUUCGUCCAGAGUCGCAUUCAAGCUUUGGAACAGCUGGUCGUUGAGGGCAAAGCCAAUCGUUAUUCAAGGAAGAUGGCCUAUCUCAUGUUUGCAAACAACCUCGUCAACUAUGCCGACAAGUACCGUGGCAUGCAGGCCGUCACAAUUCAUGAGCUUGAAGCUUUCGCGGACGUGCAGCUUUCAACAGAGAAGGGAGGAAUCUGGACAGUACCACCUUAUUUCAUCGACAGUGUCGCCCACCUCGCAGGCUUUGUGAUGAAUUGUUCCGAUGCUAUUGACACACAGAAAGACUUCUGUGUUACUCCUGGCUGGCAGUCCAUGCGCUUUGCAAAGCCACUCGUCCCGGGAGCCAAGUAUCGAUCCUACGUCAAGAUGAUACCCACCGAAGAUGAUCCAACGAUCUAUCUCGGCGACGUUUACAUUCUACAAGACGAUGCUAUCAUGGGAGUUGUUGGUAGUAUCCAGUUCCGCCGCUAUCCUCGCGUCCUGCUCAACCGAUUCUUCUCGGCUCCAGACAAGCCUAAAAGAUCAGAACAGAAGGCAAAAGCGGCUACUCCUCCAGUGCCAAAAGCACUCGAACUCCCUAAGCCAACCGCAUCAGCUCCGGCACCAUCAACACCUGAAGAUAACAAUAAAUCAGCACAACCUGAGCCCCAGUCUGCGAAAGAGCCGGCGGCCAAGGCCACUGUAACGAAGGAAGUCGAGACCGCAACCCCAGCGACCGAUUCGAACAGCAUAGCCGCGAGAGCAGUGCAGUUGAUCGCGAACGAAGCUGCUCUUGAUACUGCCGACCUUGGUGAUGAAGCGAGCAUGGCGGACCUGGGCAUCGACAGCCUCAUGUCCCUGGUCAUCUCAGAGAAAUUCGGAUCAGAGCUAAAUGUCAAGGUUUCUGGGAGCUUGUUCAUUGACUUUCCCACUAUCGGAGGGUUGAAGAAUUGGUUGACGGAGAGCUAUGGCUAA